CUCUACAUCAUCAAAUCCUAGCUCACCGCCACGUACCACCACCACUGCCGCCACCCUGCACCACCAAUGGAAGCCAGCGCCGGACUCGUUGCUGGUUCUCACAACCGGAAUGAACUGGUUGUCAUCCACGGACACGAAGAGCCUAAGCCUUUGAAAAAUCUGACUGGUCAAGUAUGUGAAAUAUGUGGGGAUGAGAUUGGCCUCACAGUCGAUGGAGAACUAUUCGUGGCCUGCAACGAAUGUGGUUUCCCUGUGUGCCGGCCAUGCUAUGAGUACGAACGAAGAGAAGGAAACCAACAAUGUCCCCAGUGCAAAACCAGAUACAAACGCCUUAAAGGAAGCCCCAGGGUUGAGGGAGACGAUGAUGAGGAAGACAUCGAUGACAUCGAGCAUGAAUUCAACAUCAAUGAGCAAAAAAGCAACACAACUAUUGCUGAAGCCAUGCUUCAUGGGAAGAUGAGUUAUGGAAGAGGUCCAGAAGAUGAUACUGCCCAAUACCCACCUGUUAUAGCGGGUGGCCGCUCCCGUCCUGUUAGCGGAGAACUCCCGAUUUCUUAUGGAGAGCAAAUGAUGGGAUCAUCUUUGCAUAAGCGUGUGCAUCCAUAUCCAGCUCCCGAUGACACUGGAAGUACAAGAUGGGAUGACAAGACAGAGAUGGGAUGGAAAGAAAGGAUGGAUGACUGGAAAAUGCAGCAAGGAAAUCUGGGGCAUGAACCUGAUGAUUCAGCUGAUCCUGACGUGGCCAUUGUUGAUGAAGCAAGACAACCACUGUCAAGAAAAGUACCAAUUGCAUCAAGCAAAAUCAAUCCUUACCGAAUGGUGAUCGUCACACGGCUUGUGGUGCUGGCCUUCUUCCUACGUUAUCGAAUCUUGAACCCAGUGCACGAUGCCCUUGGCCUCUGGCUGACUUCUGUUAUAUGUGAAAUUUGGUUUGCCUUCUCAUGGAUCCUUGAUCAGUUUCCUAAAUGGUUCCCCAUUGACCGUGAGACUUAUCUUGAUCGCCUUUCCCUCAGGUACGAGAGGGAAGGGGAACCUAACAUGCUAACGCCAGUCGAUAUAUUUGUUAGUACAGUGGACCCAAUGAAGGAACCACCUCUUGUUACAGCAAAUACAGUUCUCUCAAUAUUGGCAAUGGACUACCCUGUUGAUAAAAUCUCAUGCUACAUAUCUGAUGAUGGUGCUUCAAUGUGUACCUUUGAGGCGCUAUCAGAAACAGCAGAAUUUGCUCGGAAAUGGGUUCCUUUCUGUAAGAAAUUUUCUAUAGAGCCACGAGCCCCUGAGAUGUACUUCUUUGAAAAGGUUGACUAUUUGAAGGACAAAGUACAGCCAACUUUUGUCAAGGAGAGAAGAGCAAUGAAGAGAGAAUACGAGGAGUUCAAGGUCAGGAUAAAUGCAAUGGUUGCAAAAGCCGCAAAAAUUCCUCCUGGAGGGUGGAUCAUGCAGGAUGGGACACCAUGGCCUGGAAACAACACCAAGGAUCAUCCUGGUAUGAUUCAAGUUUUUCUAGGUCACAGUGGAGGCCUUGAUGUCAAAGGACACGAACUUCCUCGUCUUGUUUACGUUUCGCGUGAGAAGAGGCCCGGUUUCCAGCAUCACAAAAAAGCUGGUGCUAUGAAUGCCCUGGUACGUGUUUCUGGUGUUCUUACCAAUGCUCCAUUCAUGCUGAACUUGGACUGUGAUCAUUACAUAAACAACAGUAAGGCCGUAAGAGAGGCAAUGUGUUUCUUAAUGGAUCCCCAAGUUGGAAAGAAAGUGUGCUAUGUACAGUUCCCUCAGAGAUUUGACGGAAUAGACAGACAUGACAGAUAUGCAAACAGAAACACAGUCUUCUUCGAUAUCAACAUGAAAGGUCUAGACGGGAUUCAAGGUCCAGUCUAUGUUGGGACAGGAUGUGUAUUUAGAAGACAAGCUUUGUAUGGCUAUGAACCUCCCAAGGGUCCUAAACGUCCAAAAAUGGUAAGCUGUGAUUGCUGCCCAUGCUUUGGACGCCGCAAAAAGCUUCCAAUAUACUCUAAACAAGAUGCAAAUGGCGGAGCACACAUACAAGGACUGGAUGAUGACAAGGAGCUAUUAAAGUCUCAGAUGAACUUUGAAAAGAAAUUUGGACAAUCACCAAUAUUCGUUACUUCAACUUUGAUGGUUGAAGGUGGUGUUCCACCUUCCUCAAGCCCUGCGGCUUUGCUUAAAGAGGCCAUUCAUGUCAUAAGCUGUGGUUAUGAAGACAAGACAGAAUGGGGCACGGAGCUGGGUUGGAUUUACGGCUCUAUUACAGAAGAUAUCUUAACAGGUUUCAAGAUGCAUUGCCGUGGGUGGAGGUCUAUUUACUGUAUGCCUAAACGGGCUGCAUUUAAGGGAUCUGCUCCAAUUAACCUGUCCGAUCGUCUCAAUCAAGUGUUGCGUUGGGCCCUUGGUUCUGUUGAAAUCGUUUUCAGUCGCCACAGCCCUGUUUGGUAUGGUUACAGAGAAGGAAAAUUGAAGUGGCUUGAACGAUUUGCAUAUGUUAAUACAACUGUUUAUCCCUUCACCUCCCUCCCUCUUCUUGCCUACUGUACCCUUCCUGCCAUUUGCUUGCUUACCGGGAAGUUCAUAAUGCCAGAGAUAAGCACCUUUGCAAGUCUCUUCUUCAUUGCUCUCUUCCUCUCCAUAUUUGCAACGGGUAUUCUAGAGCUAAGGUGGAGUGGAGUUAGCAUCGAGGAAUGGUGGAGAAACGAGCAAUUUUGGGUGAUUGGUGGUGUCUCUGCUCACCUGUUUGCAGUUAUUCAAGGUCUUUUGAAAAUUCUAGCUGGUAUAGACACAAAUUUUACAGUCACAUCCAAGGCAUCCGAUGAUGAGGACUUUGGGGAGCUAUAUGCUUUCAAGUGGACAACACUCCUAAUCCCUCCAACAACCAUUUUGAUAAUAAACUUGGUUGGUGUUGUGGCUGGAAUAUCUGAUGCCAUAAAUAAUGGGUACCAAUCAUGGGGUCCCCUAUUUGGGAAGCUCUUCUUUGCCUUUUGGGUGAUUGUACAUCUCUACCCAUUCCUUAAAGGUCUCAUGGGCAGACAGAAUAGGACCCCAACUAUAGUUGUCAUAUGGUCAGUGCUUCUAGCUUCCAUCUUCUCUUUGCUUUGGGUUCGAAUUGACCCCUUCGUACUAAAAACUAAGGGACCUGACACCAAGCAAUGUGGGAUUAAUUGCUGAUAUAUUGCUUGCCGUUCCUUUUGAAAGCCACAGACUAUAGGUUCAGUGUCUACAUUUUGGUAUUUUCAGACCGGAUGUGUUAUCUACAAAGAAAAAAAAAAGAGCAUAGGGGUAAAAUUUCUGUUUAGCAUUUAAAUUGUAAUCAAUUUUGUACAUGACUAAAACAAAGUACAAGUAAAGAUACAUUUUGCAGAUUGUUGGUUGUAAAUCCAUGAUGUUUGAAUCCUACAGGUAUC